CUCCUCGUUGACUCCAUAUUGUGUCUGCGCUAUAUGGUUCUUGCUAUUGUGACUAUAUAAGCUCCUGCAAACUAACCUUAUUAGAUCUUCACCGUAUUCAACAGGUUGGCUUAAGGUGACACAAAAAAAGAAAAAUGGACGUAGUUCAGCGCCUAGAGGGCCUCAUGAAUGACCCGAAAGCCAACAGGAGUGAAAUAAUCCACAUCUAUUUCAUCAUAGUAAAGGAAGGAACGUCUGCUGUGUCCAGUGCUAUGCCCUUGCUCAAGGAUUCAGCUGUUCACUUGUUGUCCCCUGAAUUGAUGAAAAUUCUGGAAAAACAUGAACUGGACGCCUUUAGUUAUAUACUAGUCGCCAACAAAUUACUGAACGUGGACGAUGUCAAAGAGGAAUUGGAAAAUGGAGACGCUUUAACGGGCCAUGUCCCACCCAAUGCGAUCAGGAAGCUCAAAGCAGAGCUAGGUGUUGCAUCAGUUUUGCCAUCCGCAACCCCAGCAGCGGAACGCGCGCCACCGACACAGUUAGAAAAACCACAAGUAUUAAUGAGCAACACGAAUGAUUUGGAUCCCAAAAUUGCAUCAAACACUGACAAGAUCAGACUACCAAUAGAAAUAAAAAACGAAUGUAGCAGUAUGAAAAACGUUAACGGCAUGGCUGUGUACAAGUUGCCGUUGGAACGAUCAUUAACUUUCGCCGGAGCGUCUUCGAUCAUCAAGCGGUUCUCCUUCGGUGAGCCAGAUCCUUUCGGAAGCAAGGGAUGCAAAACCAUUCUUUUGAUGGGGGCCACCGGUUCAGGCAAGACCACCAUGAUCAAUGCCAUGAUCAAUUAUGUGCUGGACGUUCAAUGGGAGGAUCCUUUUCGUUUUAUGCUUAUCGAUGAAGACGGAACAAGGAACCAGGCUUUUAGCCAGACCAGUGAGAUUACAGCUUACGACAUCCAUUACAGAAAUGGUUUCCGCAUUCCUUUUUCACUGACGAUUGUUGACACUCCGGGAUUCGGAGAUACUCGACGUAUCGAGAGGGACGAAGAAGUCACUUCGGCCAUCAAAGAAUUUUUUGAACACGAAAAUGGCAUUCAGGCAUUGGACGCAGUUGGCUUUGUAGUGCACUCUUCGCUGGCUCGCCUUACGAGCGCUCAGACGUAUAUCUUCAAUACGGUAUUGUCCAUUUUUGGCAAAGACAUCGAAAAAAAUGUUCGCUUCUUGGCCACUUUCGCUGAUGGAGGGCAACCUCCUGUCUUAGCAGUAAUUAGGGAGGCUAAGCUUCCUUGUCUACUGGACUCCAAUGGGGAGCCUUGCCACCAGGUUUUUAACAACCGUGCAAUGUAUGUCUCGAAUCAGAUACCAGGUGAUCAACGUUCGCCUCUCGAUUGGAACGACGCAAUGCAAAAUUUUCAAUCGUUUUUUGCUGAGUUAUCCAAAAUGCCAAUCACAUCGCUCGAACUAACAAAAAAAGUACUGAAUAGCUUAGAAAACUUCCGUAACAUUAUGCAGGACUUUCAAACCACCAUCCAAGCGCACCUCAUGAAAAUGGAAGAAUUACGAAAGAUCGAGGAAAUCAUCGCCUUGAACAAAGAAAAUGUUAACGCUAAUAAGGACUUUGAAAUCACUGUUAAAGUAUGCAAGAAGAAACAGAUUGAGCUCAAAACGAAUGAGAAAGCAUUGAAUUGCACUAUUUGCAAAGUAACGUGUCGUCGUUGCUACCCAAAUUCAUGGAUGCCCUUUCCUGCAUUCUGGGAACUAACAAAAGUCACCAUGGUAACCAGUGGCUAUGCAAGUGCCGGAAUUGCUGAGAAACUUAGCGGAGAUCUCUUUGAGUUCAUUGCAAAGGAUGAGAAUUUAAGGCGUAUUGCUAUCAAUUCCUUAGUGGGUACAGCGGCUGCAGUGGGUGGUGCGGGUGCAGCAACUGCAGCGGUUGCAGCGGCUGCAGCGGGUGCAGCGGGUGUUGCUGUAGUGGCCGCCUUAACGUAUGGUAAUGAGUGCCAGAUGUGCCCUAAACGCUGCGCCAAGGAACACCACUCAUACGAACUCACUAAAUGGGAAUUCGUUCAAGAAGACGAAACUCGCACAUUUCAUGAAAUUCGCAAGAAGUACGAUGACGCAAUGGAAAAGACUCUAAAUGCGGAAGAACUAAAGAAUGCCUUGCAAGGAGAGGCGGCGCAGCUGAAAUCAGAUAUCAUUGAAAUAAUGGAUAAGAGUAGAAGCUGCUUAAAUUAUUUAAAGGAGAUAGCACUGUGUGGUGCAUCUCCGCUAUCCGCUCCCGAAUAUAUUAACCUGAUGAUCGAAGACGAGAAAAAAAAUGAAAUAUCUGGACACGAGGAGAGAAUUAAAAGUUUGGAAGAUAUAAAGAGAACGGCUGAGCUCACGAAAGACGUAACGGAUGGCGGUGAUUUAGCCAAGCAGUACAAAAACUAACUAGAACAUACAAGCUUACGAGGAAAUAUUGAAGCAAGGAAGAUAUCUUUUCCAGUUAACCAUUAAAGUUUUUUUAAUUUUUAUAGUUCAAGUAAUCAUUUUAUGAAUUAUCACCGCAAUUUGGCUUUCAAAUGCGCUUGCUAAAUAUUCGGAAGUGUAAUUUUUAUCUUACUUUGUAACGGUUAUCGAUUUUUAAAUGGGUACA